UUGCCGAAACGUCAAGAAGAAAUACAACCCAGUGAUUCAAGAAAUUGUUUUAUAAAUAUAAGCAUAGGACAUCUGCACAGGACCAAAAACACAACAAGAAUACUCAUCAUUCAUUGCUUUGGUGGCCAUCUAGACGGUGACGAAAGUCAAAACGUUAAGUCAUCAAGAAAUGUCGAGUUCUGGCAAGGUCGGAAGGUUUUGGACUUAAUUGCGAUAAAGCAUUCUUCGCAGCUUCUGAUGUUGUAGAGGGGUCAAAUCAACAACAGACCCUGCAGGGUCAACAGUAUCUCCUCAGAACAGCCAUGUUUGCGACCGGGCUAAUAGUGCUUGUGCUCAUCAAUUCUAUCGGAAGACUUCAGUCAUUUCCUGCGAUGACUUUGGAAGGCUUCCCAAAACCCUUUACGAGGAAACUAGCGCUAGAAGAACCAUCAGUCACAGGUAAAGAUGUGACGAUAUUACAGAAUCUUCUACUGAGAUCAAAAUACGUGGAUCCCAUUGCUACGUCAGGGGCAUAUGAUAAACCUACCUCCAAGGCAGUAGCUCAGUUCCAACAGGGAAACAAGCUGAACAGUACUCCUGGCGUAUUCGAUAUAGCUACCGCAUCUCUGGUCCUUAAACAACUAAUGUAUGAUGGUUACCACGACGACGGGACUAUCCCCAAGGGAUACAAAUUUAAGUUGUAUAUUCCAGUGUAUGCGGACCGCACAAAAGAGACAAAUGCGACACUGUAUGACAACCAACACAAGCCAAUAUACACAUUCAUCGUCCGUUGCCAUGGCAGCAUGGACCUAGAAACAGGGAUGGCGGUAAAUCAGCUGACGACCAAUGGGAAUACACCGACAGGCCUGAUGUCAUUUGACCUUAACAGCCCAGAGCCUAACCACAAGUCGUUUGGACCGUUCCCUGUGGUGAGAGCGGUCGAAGGAAUCAAAGGUAACGCUGCAAUAGGUCGAGACGCGGAGAACACUUUUCUUCCUUAUUACCGAGAUGGGCUCUUACUACAUACGGGAGAGUGGGCAAACUGGAACGCAAGCAUGCCAAUGCCUAACAGCAAUGGCUGCAUCCACGCGCAUCCAGCAGACCUCAAGAGAGUUGACGAUAUCUUGACGCACGACCUGGGCGUGGCCGUCAGACCUAACCCCUUCAAAGGAAUCUCGUACCCCUACAAGCCGCAAGGGUUACUGUCUAUCGAGCAACUGGAUGGCCGUAUCAAAUCAUGAUCAACUUAACGUUGAUUUUUUUUUUGCGAAUUUUAAUGAGGACUUUUCAUCCUUUUAAUUGAAUAAUCUCACAAGUCCCAUUAUGCAUUUUUUCAGUGACCGUUCUUGUACCAACAAAAUUCAGCUAAUAUUUGUAUAUCAUAUCUACCGUGAAAUCAACAACAUUACCACUUAAUAACUUAAUUGUUGUUGUAAAUCAGGGUAGCGACAUCAACAUAUCGAAAAAGGGAAUGUAUUCUUAAUAACAUCCAGACAAAUAUUUGUGACACUAGGAAUUAAAGUUGACUAACAAUU